CAACCGGGAAGGGAAGCUAUAAGUGUGCAGGCAGCCACCGAACGACCCCAAAUCCAACCACUCAACUUCAGCAGUUCAAGAUGAUUUGCCUCGCAUCGAAGUUUGCUUUUCUCCUUCUAGGCGCUUCAAGCGCCCUUGCUCACUGGAAUUACGAUCGAAUCAUUGUCAAUGGCGAACUCAUCGGGUCCUCAUACCAAUACAUUCGCAAGACUAAUAACUCCAAUGAGCCCCUCCAAAACGUCAACUCCACAGACAUGCGAUGCAAUGCAGGAGCCUCCUCGGGCGUUGCUCUCGGUACACAGACCUACACCGUAGCCGCCGGCGACAUGCUCGGCUUCGCUGUCAAAGAUACAUUUGGGCACCCUGGACCACAGCAAGUGUACAUCUCGAAGUCCCCGGGGCCUGCAGCAGAAUACGACGGAUCUGGGGAUUGGGCGAAGAUAUACAGUCUGACGUACUCAUUGAACGCGAGUAGUGGUGGCAGCGAUGGCCUGUUGAAAUGGGCGACGCAUCGCGCACGAACAUUCAAUUUCAAGCUUCCAGCAGAGACACCACCAGGCGAGUACCUUUUGCGCGCUGAGGGCCUUGCUUUACAUGCCGCCCAUAAGCCGGACAAAGCUCAGUUCUACAUUGCUUGCGCACAGAUCAACGUCACGGGCACUGCUGCGAAGGGUAGUCCUGGCCCAACAAUCAGAUUUCCCGGGGGAUAUCAGUGGAACUCGACUGGUGUGUUGAUACCGGAGUUCUGGAGCAGAAUUACCAACUACACGGCUGCGGGCCCGAAGUUGUGGCCAGAGGGUACGCUAGAGGCGCAUGUUCUAGACGGGACGAAGAAGACUGGCGCGGAUUGAGGAUGCGUGGCAAAGGUUAUCGGGGGAGAGCAUCUGGGACAUGACGGAGAGCAUCGAUUAGCCGCUUGCGCUACAGUUGCUUGGGCCGCUGUUUCAUCGGUUUUCGACUUCAAGAUUUAAGUGACGCACGCAAUCCCAGAUCAAAUAACAAGUAAGAUUGUGUAGGUCUCUCAUGAGGGGUUUCAUCUUGUUCGAUUUAUAUUACGC